AUGGCCCCCAAAAAGAAGACUGUCAGAAAGAACAAAGGAGAAAUCAAUGAGAUGACCAUAAUUGUAGAAGACAGCCCCCUAAGCAAACUAAAUGCUUUGAAUGCGAUCCUAGAGGGAGGCAAUGGCCUUAGCUGCAUUUCUUCUGAAUUAACAGAUGCUUCUUAUGGCCCCAACCUCUUGGAAGGUUUAAGCAAAAUGCGCCAAGAGAGCUUCCUUUGCGACUUAGUCAUUGGCACCAAAACCAAAUCCUUUGAUGUUCACAAGUCAGUGAUGGCUUCAUGCAGUGAGUACUUUUACAACAUCCUAAAAAAAGACCCAUCUACUCAAAGGGUGGAUCUCAAUGAUAUCUCACCGCUGGGCCUGGCCACUGUCAUUGCAUAUGCCUACACCGGAAAGCUGACUCUCUCCCUGUACACAAUAGGAAGCAUUAUUUCUGCUGCUGUUUAUCUUCAGAUCCAUACCCUUGUAAAGAUGUGCAGUGAUUUUCUGAUACGAGAGAUGAAUGUUGAGAACUGUAUGUACAUUGCUAACAUUGCUGAGACGUACUCUCUGAAAAAUGCAAAAGCAGCAGCCCAAAAAUUUAUCCGGGAUAACUUCCUUGAAUUUGCAGAGUCAGAUCAAUUUAUGAAACUUACAUUUGAGCAAAUUAACGAACUCCUUAUAGAUGACGACUUACAGUUGCCUUCUGAAAUAGUAGCAUUCCAGACUGCUAUAAAAUGGUUAGAAUUUGACCAAAAGAGAAUGAAAUAUGCUGCAGAUCUUUUGAGCAAUAUUCGCUUUGGUACCAUCUCUGCACAAGACCUGGUCAAUUAUGUUCAGUCUGUACCAAGAAUGAUGCAAGAUGCUGAUUGUCACAAACUUCUUGUGGAUGCUAUGAAUUACCACUUACUUCCGUAUCAUCAAAACACAUUGCAGUCUAGGCGCACGAGGAUCCGCGGGGGCUGCCGGGUCCUCAUCACUGUUGGGGGACGCCCAGGCCUUACUGAGAAAUCCCUUAGUAGAGACGUCUUGUAUAGAGACCCUGAAAAUGGAUGGAGCAAGCUUACAGAGAUGCCCGCCAAGAGUUUUAAUCAGUGCGUGGCUGUGAUGGAUGGAUUUCUCUAUGUGGCUGGUGGUGAAGACCAGAAUGAUGCAAGAAAUCAAGCCAAACAUGCAGUCAGCAAUUUCUGCAGGUACGAUCCCCGCUUCAACUCCUGGAUCCACCUGGCCAGCAUGACCCAGAAGCGCACGCACUUCAGCCUGAGCGUGUUCAACGGGCUCCUUUACGCCGUGGGCGGCCGCAACAUAGAGGGCAGCCUGGCCUCCAUGGAGUGCUACGUGCCCUCCACCAACCAGUGGCAGCCGAAGACGCCCCUGGAGGUGGCGCGCUGCUGCCACGCCAGCGCGGUCGCCGACGGCCGGGUGCUGGUGACCGGCGGCUACAUCGGCAACGCGUAUUCGCGCUCCGUGUGCGCCUACGACCCGGCCGGCGACUCGUGGCAGGAGCUGCCGAGCAUGAGCACGCCCCGCGGCUGGCACUGCGCGGUCACGCUGGGCGACAGGGUGUAUGUGAUGGGGGGCAGCCAAGUGGAUGCGCGCGGGGAGCGCGUGGACGUGCUGGCCGUGGAGUGCUACAGCCCCGCCACCCGCCAGUGGAGCCACGCGGCGCCGCUGCCGGUGGGAGUGAGCACCGCGGGCGCCUCGGCGCUGCUCGGCCGCGCCUACCUGGUGGGCGGCUGGAACGAGGGCCAGAAGAAGUACAAGAAGUGCAUCCAGUGCUUCCACCCCGAGCUCAACGAGUGGACGGAGGACGACGAGCUGCCCGAGGCCACCGUGGGCGUGUCCUGCUGCACCCUCUCCAUGCCCAACCACGUGACCCGGGAGUCCCGAGCCAGCUCGGUGUCCUCCGUGCCUGUCAGUAUCUGA